AUGUCUUCCUCCAGACUGGGGCUCUGUUUGGCUGCCUGUUUACUAAAUAUUUCAGAAGCCAGAAGGAAAUACAUUGUUGAGAACAUAGCAAAAGCAGCUCUUCUUGAAAAAAAUGGGCACAGGUAUCCUGAAGUAUCAGUGCUCAAUAUAUUUUCAUUUUCUGAUCAAGACUACAACAGAUCAAUCAAAAUAGCAGCUUCUGUUAAUGAGUUAGGCCUUUCUGAGAAUUUGGUUCUGCAUGUUCCUGGCUGUGGCAUGUUUCUCCUUGGCGAGGCCGACUUCCUCGAGAGAAGGAAGCAACUGGACUGGCUUUGGAGGAGAGAUUUCAGUGCUCUUGGAUCUGACCCGGGAGCUGCACCUGCCCGAAGAUGUGAUUUAACAGGUUCUCAGUAUGUUUUUGUUCUGCUUUUGUUUUUAAAUUUGUUAGAAUAUUGA